AUGCUCCGGAACCGAGCAUUCCAAGGAUCCUCGUCUGGUGGAGCUGCCAGUCUAGCAGGCACCACAGAUUAUUGGCAUCCUGUUGGUAGAGUUUCGCUAGCCAUCGACACAUCUUCCCCCGCCAUUUCGUCCAGCCUGCCAUACCAGAUGCGAAUGGAUGUGCCAGCGGGAACCACUGGAACUGUAGGAUUCUACAAUGAAGGCUUCUGGGGUUUCGACGUUGACGCGACCAAGCGUUACAUCGCUAGCCUCUACAUGCGCGGCAAUUAUUCCGGGACUAUCGACUGCUACUUCCAUAGCAACACAACUGGGCAAGUCCUUGGGUCCACGAGCAUGAGUAUCGAUCAGACAUCAUCUGCGGGAUGGGUGCAGAGCUACUCCGCGACGUUCCGGCCAAGUCGGACUGGCUCCGACGGCAACAAUACGUUUUAUUUCACGUUUGAUGGUUCGAAACUCGCAGGGCAAAGUGUCUAUUUCAACGUUCUCAGCUUGUUCAAGCAGACGUUUGAUAACCGGUACAAUGGCGUGCGCGAGGAUCUUGCCGAGGCGUUGCUCAACAUGAACACGAAAUACAUCAGAUUGCCUGGUGGAAAUAAUAUGGAAGGCAGCGAAUCUCCUUAUGAAUGGAAAUGGAACGAAACCCUCGGUCCCCUUACGAGUCGUCCAGGCCGCCCUGGCACCUGGGGUGAUAUCAAUACCGAUGGAUUCGGUCUUCUGGAGAUGAUGCAAAUGGCACAAGAUCUGGGCCUUGAGGUGAUUCUAGGUAUCUGGGCUGGUCUGUACCUGAACGGUGAGGUUGUCUCUGUGGCCCACCUACAGCCAUACAUAGAUUCAGUCAUGAAUGAGUUGGAGUUUCUCCUGGGAGAGAAAUCUACCACGUACGGAGCGAAACGAGCUGCUUUGGGGUUUCCUUCACCUUUUACCAUCAACUGGAUUGAGAUUGGCAAUGAAGACUACCUCAAUGGUGGAACGAACUCCUACUAUUCGUACCGAUUUAUGGCCUUCUACAACGCCAUUCACGCUGUGUAUCCGUCCAUCAAACUCAUCUCCACCAUCAACCCAAACCCAGUCACAUCCAACGGCAGCUCGCUGGACCUUCAUAUCUACGGCAAUGAGAACUACUUCGUCUCUCUUUUCAAUACCUUUGACCAGGCUAGCCGCAAAUACCCCGUCUUCGUCAACGAGUACGCAGCAACCAACACGGGAUCUAACAACAAUGGCCAGGUGGGAGCGCAAACCCUCGGGAUGUCUUGCGCGGAGGCCAUAUUUCUCUUGGGCUGCGAAAGGAACUCGGAUGUCAUUGUCGGCUCUGCCUAUGGUGCCUUGAUCAAGAACUACAACGAAGCCCCUGACACAGUGGCCGUGAUAAAGCACACCGCAAAUGAGGUCCUCUAUACUAUCAGCUACUACGUCCAAAAGCUUUUCGCGGACAAUAUGGGCACCAUAACUCUGCCCGUGACCGCGACAAAUGGUGGAUUGGGCCCCAUCUACUGGUCCGCAACAGCCAACAGUUCUUCCACUAUCCUCAAGCUCGUCAAUUACAACGGGAACACCGGCUCGUCCAACGCCGUGCAGGUCAACGUCAAACGUUCGUCCAAGACGACUGCCUCUCUGAUUACCUUGACUGCCCCAAAUUCAGCAAGUGUCAACAAACUGCCAUCCUUGGGAGGUGAAAGCAGUACCAUCACUACCACAACCUUGUCUGGUCGCGCUGGUAGCUUCGCCGUCAGCUUCAGCAAUCCUUAUGAGAUUGCUAUCUUGGUUGUCUAA